AUGAAGAGCGUGAAGAGGCGGCGUCUUGCACCUUGUGGUGUUCUUGCCGGCCUUAUUGCACUUAUUGCUGUUCUUGUUUUCCUUCCUUUGGCAGUAAUGAACAUUGGUGGGCACACUAGUGUGGAUCACACGGAGCUACCACCCACAACCGUUGGGUUACCAAACCCUAAGGUGGUGCCUCCAUUACGGGAGAAUAUAUCCAUGGCGGAGUUUCUUCGUUUUAUUCCAUCCACUGUGGUGAAUACAUGGAAAGAGAGGGACUAUCUCAUUGUGUUUGGCAUCCCAUCUGUGGAUAUUCAUGAUUGGCGGAGACGCCGUUAUCUGCAGCGGACUACGUGCUGGCAGUUCCCUGGUGUUGCACGGAGGGCGAAUGACUUCACUGGUGCCAUGUUGGUGUUGUAUGUACUUGCACGGCACCCAUCACAGGGAUAUGAAUACUCUACUGCCUUGAUGAAAGAGGCUGAAGAGUGGCAUGAUAUUAUUUCUCUCUCUAUUAAGGAGGGAUCUCCAUCGAGUAAUAAAACAGUAAUGGGUUUAGGCUUUUGGGGUUUGGAAACUGAAGUGGGGAUGAGUCGAAAGACGUAUUUAUGGUUUGAGUUAGCCCUUCAUCUCUUUCCUAAUGUGAGUUAUAUUGCCAAAGGUGAUAAUGAUAUGUUUCUACGAGUACCACAGUUUCUUGUGGAUCUACGCACACUUCCACGUAAUGGUGUUUAUUGGGGUUCAUUAGGUCUUAUUGAGGUACCCGUGGUUUUCCCGUUAAUGGUUGGUUUCUGUGUGACGAUAUCAGUUGAUGUAGUGAAGCGAAUGAUGAAGUAUGAGUCUAUACGACGAUUGGUGUAUUUGCCAUUCAACACGGCAUUGGAGGCGGAGUACCGUGCAUUAAAUAUGGAUCAUGAAGAUAAUAUGAUUGGCCGUAUUAUUCAUGAGAUAAAAUACCCAGAGUUGUUAUUGGUGCGAGAGGGAAGAUGUUCUUUCCAUGAUCUUCACAAAGGGGCAAGAAAACACCCAUUGAGUAAUGCAUCUGUUGUCAUUCAUCAUAUUAAGGAAAAGGAAUAUAAAAAAUUGAUGAUUUAUUUUAGUAAAAAUAUGACCAUUGUGCCUCGAACGUAUUCAAAGAUGCCAAGGUCUAUUUGGUUUACUUGCUUAAAAUAA